UGGAGCUCCUCUGGAGCCAGGCUGGGAGAGCUGGGGGUGCUCACCUGGAGAGGAGAAGGAUCCAGGGAGAGCUCAGAGCCCCUGCCAGGGCCUAAAGGGGCUCCAGGAGAGCUGGAGAGGGACUGGGGACAARGGAUGGAGGGACAGGACACAGGGAAUGGCUUCCCAGUGCCAGAGGGCAGGGAUGGAUGGGAUAUUGGGAAGGAAUUGUUCCCUGUGAGGGUGGGCAGGCCCUGGAUCCCUGGCAGUGUCCAAGGCCAGGCUGGACAGGGCUUGGAGCAGCCUGGGAUAGUGGAAGAUUUUUUCCCCCUAUCUCAUCUAAACCUACUCUCUUUCCCUUUGAACCCAUUCCUCCUUGUCCUGUCACUAUGUGCUYUUUUAAAUAGUCUUAUGUCAUCUUUCCUGUAAGUUUCUUUUAGAUAAUGGRAAGGGAAGAUUUGCAUUUAAUUUUUUUUUCAUGAAUAAUUUUAUCCAAGCAUUGCUGUAAUCCAGUACAGACUUGAAAGGAAUGCUGCUCUGAUUUCAUGGCUAAUGCUCAGUGCUAAUUGUUACUGUGCACUUACCCUGUGGAUCUGAACGUGUGCUGCUGUGACCAGUGCUUUGAAUGUGUUGCCUUGAUCAGUUGAGUUGUGAUUAUACACACCAGUUGUGGAUGUUAAAUCAGUGCUUCCCCAUGGCAACUGCCCCAGCAGAGAGCUCUGGGAGCCAUGACAAGGGCCUGGAGUUGAGCCAGAGUUACAGCAGCUCUGCUUUGAACUACUCAGGAGACACCUUUGAGUCCUUCAGUGAGRAGGAAGAGGAGGAGAGCAAAGCAUCUGGAUCCUGGUGUUCGACAGAGGAUUUGGGGGGCUCAGCUGURUCAGAGGCCUUGGAAAGCACAUCCUCAUUGGCAGGCCAAAGCCAUGCAGUGGAGGAGUCUGAAGCAGUGGAUUCUGCAGCUGUGGAAMGAGAUGUCAUAGAAAAAUGGAUUGAUGCCAUGGGAAAAUGGAUUGAUCUGAAAAAUAAAGAAACUGAGAUUAAACCAGACAGAUCUGUCAUCAAAACUCCUGCUGAAAUUCCUGAAUUAUCCCCUGGAGAAUUGGAUGCUCUCAGGUCUUUUUGCGCCAAGAUGAUCAGCGGGAUGCAGCAGGAGCAGGCUGGGAGUGGCAAGUCCAGGAAGCCACAGUGUGGAKUCCCAGCAAGGCAAACUGAGGCAGGAGAUUGGAGCUGUGUGGUUCCUGCUCGGCUGAUGAACAGGAUCCUGCUGGACAACACCAGGGAGACUGUGAAACAGGUGACACAAACUCAAAUCCAUGAGACUUCAACAUGUCCUGACUGCCAGCAGAAGGAAGCAGAGCUGGCCAAGAUUGCCUUUCUCAGGAAAAAAAAGACUCUACUGGAAGCUGCUUUAAUCCAAGAGAAAUUGGAAGAACAGUUUUACUCCAGAGACAUGCUUACACUUCUAGGAGAAGCACUCAGAAGCUUUCCUAAACCUUCAGAGGAUCCCAGGGAUUUGUGGCAAAGACUGAAAGGUCAGGAAAUAGAAAGCCUGAAACACUCAGAAGCUUUCCCAGACCUUAAGAGGAUCCCGGGGACUUCUGGCAAAGGCUGAGGGGUCAGGAAAUGGAAAGCCUGAAAGUAAACAUAACUCCAGUGGGUAAAGAACUGGGAGAGCCUCCAGUGGGCUCCAGAAUUCCAAUGAUUGUGGAUCUGAGCUGCUCUGGCAGUGAUGGAUUGGGRCUGCUGGUUUAAUAUUCCUGCAGGUGGAAGCCAAGCUGCCUGUCUUGGGUGUGAGUCAACUCUCUCCUUCCUCAAUGCAAAUGUUGCAAUAURUUGUAAUCCAUCUCCAUAAGUUUUUCAAAUUCCAGGAGCCAACAGUUUCUAUUAUUAAUCUGGCAAGCCAUAAGUAUUGUUUUUUGUGGGAUUGCAGAGCAGCUCACAGCUGCUUCCAUCCAUAAGGAAAAUAAAUGAUUCCGUUUUCCAGGGCAGGGAGGUGUAAUUACUGCAUUUUAGCUCAAUCUUUGCCCACUGUCUCAUGGUAAAUUGGAAGUGAGAGCCCCAGGUGGAGGACAAAAAGCAAAGUGAACUAUAGAAAGCAAUAAAAUGAAAUGCAGUAUUUAUAGAAGGGAAAUAAUGCAGCUGUAACAGAAAUUAAUCAGCAGGACUGGGGAUGCCAACAGGACGAAAAAUGAUAAUAAAUUAAUCAUGGAAUCUAUAUAGGAUUGGUGCCUGGGAGAAAAAAAACGGCAGAGAUUAAAACUGGAAUGAGAAUUAUAAGGAAAUACUUUGGAAUUCGUUGUAAUUUUCUGUAAUUUUUCAAGAUGACAGAGUCUCUGUUGUUCAAAGACUGGAUCUAGGGUUCAGUAUGCAUCCAAAUAAAAUGGAAUUAUUCUGGGAAUCUCUGGGUUCAACAAUGAAAUCAUCUUUACUGUGCCUUUCAAAGCCUUGUGCUGCUCUGUGGGCACCUCUGCAGCCYCUUUGUGAUCAGAACUGACAGCAGGGGCUCAGCCCAGUGUUCUGGCUGUGACCUUGUGGCCUUGAUUGAGUCAGGAAGGGACUCUCCUCAGUCUCCCAUAUCCUAAUUUCUGGACAUUCAGAUCUCUGGAAAUCUUGGAGGAAUAUCCCUAUCUGUGAACAUCUUCUCUGUGAACCCGCAGUCAUUUUUUGUUACAAAGCAGAAAAGAUUAAACCUCACUGUUGCAUUCUAUUCUCCCAUUUUGCGACAAUGCUCACUGUUGAAGUGGGGUUUGUGUUUCAUAUCCAUGAGGUUGUUCCCUCCAUGUGCUCUGUAUUGUUUAUAAGAGUCCUUGAGGGCUGUUCAGCCUCCUGUUCUCACUUACCACAAACCACUGGAAAACCUGAAGGGAAAUGCUGGGAUAUAAACAGAAGUGUUAACAAAGUUCUGCCUUCUGGUCCUUAAAAAUCUGCUGUGAAGGAUUUCCCUGGGAGUUGAUCCUGAGUAGGUCAAGCCCCAGGUGCAAACACAGCCCAGCCCUGAGUUGUUCACUGCUGCUUUCUUGCAAACAGCUUUAAAAUCCCUCAAAAAUAUUCCCCUAAAAAUUCCCCUUUUGAAUUGUCACUGCAGAUCGCCUGUAUAUAAUGAAUAAACUCUGCUUGUUCCUUCUUGUUACCCUGGAAUCCUUGAAAAUGUUUAAGUCCCUUAAAACUCCUGCCUUCCAAUCACUCUGGAAUCCUUGGAAAUGUUUAAAUCCCUUAAAUCUCCUGCCUUCCAAUCACACUGAAAUCCUUGAAAAUGUUUAAAUCCCUUAAAUGUCCUGGUUUCCAAUCACUCUGGAAUCCUAGGGAAUAUUUAAAUCCCUUAAAUCUCCCACCUUCCUGUCUCUUUGGACAUACUCCAYCUCUGUUUCUUACUUGUUUUGGUCUGCACUCUCUGGUGCUCUGAGCCUCUGGAAGUCUCUCCAAUCUGCAAACACCAGGAAGGGCAACCAGAAUUCCAUAUGGAGCCUUGGAAGGGUUGUCACGUGUACAAGAGGUGAUCAGGAACCAAAUCUUUUGAAAAUGUAAUUUCAUAGCACAAAUUUCAGCCCUUACAAACCCACAAAARGUGCCUUCCAGGACUCUCCUUAAAACACAAUCUGUGCAGGUUAUUUUUGUUUUGAGAACGUAGAAUCUUUCUAGAUAUACUGAAACAUUUCUUUGCAGCUCCUGUCAAGCCUUUAUGUAAAUGCUGAACUGYGAGUUAUUUGGGUUAUGUGUCUGACAACAUUUGUCUGUAGAACAGCAUCCUGCUCACGUACAAUGAUGCACAGCUCUUGUUUGUUUGCAUAAAUGUUACAAAGAGAACUCAGGUAACUCCUCAGGAAAAUCAAAGCGUGUUUUGCUGAUGGCUGUUGAAUGCAUUUUCCUGCUGCUCGCUACAGUUGUUUCGUUCUUUCAUCAGCAAUGACUGCGAGAUCUGAGUCGUUUUCUUUAGCAGCUCUUGGAGAUGUGCGAUGGAAUGAAUGAUCUGAGUCCCUAAAUAAUUUAUUUUCUAAUCCCACAGCUUUUGAGGCUAGGAAUCCAAAACUCUUGACAGGGAAGAUGUGGGAUAGAUCAUGUCUCUGCCUUUUUCCCCUUCCAGGAGCUCCUCCCUCCAGUGCAGAUUUUUCUUUUAAUCCAAAAAAACUCCAAAACUGAUGAAGGACUAUUGAUUCAUCCACUGCCUGGUUUGUGCUUGCUGGGGUGCAAAAUGAGCGCAGUGGCUCAAGAGGGAUUCCUAUGGAAAAGCAGCUGUGGCUGUGGAACAAAUCAAUCUGCCUCUUCAAAGUGUUCUGGAGCUUUGGCUUUGUGUCUUCCGUGCCACACAGAGSUGCAGGAUUUCAUCUUCUGAAUGAUUGCUGCUGCUUGGGGUUUGUGUCCUAAUGGAGAAGGUUUCUCYUCUCUCAGCUGUUUUAUGCUCUGUGGGUUGAUAACCACUUUUGGGGUGAUGGAUUUUAUAACUGAUUCUUUGGAUAAACUUACAUUCCUUCAAUUAUCCUGGAAAUCAGUUUCCCAUGGACUGCAGCACUGUAAUUUUCACUUUAAUUUGCUCUAGCUUUCUCUAUAAAAAAUAACCUGCAUUCCAGGCUCACUUGUUCCUUAGUCUCCUUUCCAUCCAUCUCUUGGGCCAUGGGACUUUGGAUCUCUGGGGUAAACUUCCAUGUCAAUCCCAAUAUCCUGCUAGCACARCUCUGGGUAGGAAUGAAGUUUUAGUGGGAUUAACUUCCCUGGAUAUGAGCURGGAGCAAAGAUAAACAUUCAAAAAUGACCUGGUCUAGUGGGAGGUGUCCCUGCCCAUGGCAAGGGGUUGGCACUGGUUGAGAYUUAAGGUCUCUUCCAACCCAAACUAUUCCAUGAUUUUGGGGUAUUUGAAUUGGGAUUUCCAGCUCCUGAGGAAAUCUGUUGUGGUCCCACUGGUCC